AUGGCGAUUAAAUUUGUUCCCUUCACGACAUUCAUUGACCCGCUGUUUUGGGAUGAAUUAUGUCAACGGAAGUUGAAUGACUGGAAAUUAGAUGAACAUCCACAUGCGAUUGCUGCUACAUAUUGCAACCAAGAUGCGGGUACCUCAAGUACAAGACUGUCAUUUUCGUAUGAUGCAUUUAUGGCAAAGACAAAGAAUAUUAAAAACGUCGUAUUUGUCUGUGGCUUAGUUCAAGCUGUAAAUACAUACGAGAAUUUUAAAAAUCUGGACAGAAAACAAAUACUACGCAAUGCUGCUCAAAAGGUGAAAAUGUGUAUCGAAUCACUUCAGUGGCUGGACAAACCAUCAUUACUGAAUACAUUUUAUCUUACAGUAUAUGCGGAUUUGAAAAAGUAUACUUUUCAAUAUUGGAAUUGCAUUCCUGCUCUCCUCUUCCCGCAGACAAUAAGGAUACUCUCAGUUCCUGUACAACUUUCUGCUGAAUUAGCAACUUCAAUAGCAGUUUUUUUCUCUUUACACAAUAAUGAGUCGUUUUUGUUGGUUAAUAAAAGACCAUCACCUUUGUCAUUGAUGCUUUCGAAAGAUUUUGUAUUAAGUGAUGAAGUUUACGUCGUUUACUCAGAUCCAUCAACUUGGAUGACUCUACCUGGAUGGCCUUUAAGAAAUCUUUUAGCAGCUAUAGCUUUUAUUCGAAAAGAUUUGCACAACCUUAAAUUCAUCUGUUAUCGGAAUGGUGCUGUCCCGAGCAUUAUUAUUCAUCUCGGCUGGGAAAAUGAUUGCCAUCUAAGUGAUGCAGCGGUUGGCUGGGAACGAUUGAAAGGUUCGCUGUGUCCAGCAUCCAUCAAUUUACAAGGAAGUCUAGACCCAUUAAAACUGAUGGACUUCAGUUCUCAAUUGAAUUUGCGCUUGAUUCGUUGGCGUUUAGUUCCUGAUAUUAACCUCCAGCGAUUUUUGGAUUUAAAGUGUUUAAUCUUGGGAGCUGGUACUUUAGGUUGUAAUGUAGCACGUUCACUUCUGGGUUGGGGUGUCAAAAAUUUUACAUUUGUCGAUAAUGGAUAUGUAUCAUAUAGUAAUGUUGUUAGGCAGUCGUUGUUCACUUUUGAUGAUGCAGCAAAUGGCGGCAAAUUAAAAGUUGUCACAGCUGUAGAAGGUCUCCGUAAAAUAAACCCUCUCGUUAAUGCAAAAGGUGUGCACAUGAAAAUACCGAUGCCAGGGCAUAAUGUAUCAGAUCAAGAGCAGGCAGAAGUUGAGAAAGUCGUUAAUCAUUUGGAGGACCUAGUGAAAGAUCAUGAUGUAACAUUUUUAUUGCUUGAUAGUCGAGAAGCAAGGUGGCUCCCUACGCUUCUGGCUACUCUCUAUGGCAAAUUAGCAAUUAGUGUCGCUCUUGGAUUUGAUUGUUUUGUUGUGAUUCGUCACGGCGUUGCAAGCUAUGAAUCUCACAGAAAUCCUCAACAGUUAUCAAAUGAUCUCAGUCUCAUUCCUGGUUCUGAGCUUGGAUGUUACUUCUGUAGUGAUGUAACAGCACCUGGUAAUUCUUCCAUUGACAGAACUAUGGAUCAGCAAUGUACAGUGAGUCGUGCAGGCACAUCCUUAGCUGCAUCUGGUACUGCCGUUGAAUUACUUGCAGCAGUUAUUCAACAUCCUAACAUGGGACACUCUCCAGCUCAUCUAGGAGAGAAUGACGAAUCAACUACGGUUCUUGGUGCAACUCCCCAUCAAAUUAGAUCUUUCCUUUCGAGAUUUACGCAGAUGACUCCCACUGUAAGGCGUUUCGAGCGUUGCGUCGCGUGUGGAUCUGCUGUACAAGAAGCCUACCGAUCCAGCGGUUUUCAGUUCUUAUUGAAAGUAUUUAACAGCCCCGUGUAUUUGGAGCUUAUUUCCGGAUUGGGACAAUUACAGGCAACUGCUACACAAAUGGAUUUAUGGGAGUUUGACGACAAUGAAAGUGUUUCAUCAACCUGA